GUUUGUGGAACAGGGAGACGGACAGACGGCAGUUGUUGUGGUGGCUUGCUGGAUGUGAAGCAUACUUCAAUUCUCCUACACGUUCUCGAUAGUACCGAUAUGACCCUGGAAGAGGCCAUUUCAGGAAAGGGGAUGAGGGACGCGAUUCACGGACUGACAGGAGGAAGGACAGGAGGAAGGAGCCGCAAGCCCCAGAAGCCUCGUCCCUCGAAAGCCCUUCCUCAUCUUGCGGGUCCCUGCACUCACUCAGCCCUGCCACUUUCUUUCUCACUCCAGCGAGCAGCCGCAACCGGCAUAAAAGCAGCACAGCACAAGCCACUGCAGACGUUGUCUUCCAUCUUCCCAUCUCCAUACCUCGUGAUCUCCUCUCCAUUUACCAACCAUCGACCAUCAAAGAUGUCCCCAUCAAAACUCACCACCACCACCAACCUCACCCCAGUCCCCACCUCCCGCGUCCUCUCCCUCCUCCCCACCUCCCUCGGCAACACCAUCGCCUGGUCCUCCGAUCUCCUCACCUCGGGCGCCCUUCUUGUCGUCGGGAAGUUGUUGCCCGCGCUGCCGAAGAAUGAGACGGAUAUGACGGGGAAGGUUGUUGUCGUUACGGGGGGGAAUAGCGGAAUCGGACUCCAGAUCGCGACCGACCUCGCCCGCCUCGGCGCAACCGUCAUCCUCGCCUGCCGCAACCUCUCCAAAGCCGCCACCGCCAUCGACCAAAUCCUCUCCCUUGUCCCCACCGCCAAAGGCCGGGUCAGCGCACGCGAGCUCGACACUUCCCUCAAAUCCUCCGUGCAGAACUUUGUAAAGCAAUGGGACCUGGGGAAAAUCGACGUACUGGUCAACAACGCCGGGAUCGCCUCCUCUGACGCCGAGUUCACGAAAGAAGGGUUGGAAACAAUGUACGCGACCAACUUCCUCGGCUCGUUCCUACUCACCUUUUUGUUGGACGCCCACCUGGCCCCCGACGCCCGCGUGGUGUUCACAUCUAGCACGGGGCAGUACGGCGGCUCAUUCGCCCCCGAUUUCGCAUUACAGUCCACCCCCAACGUCGCGGAACCGGGCUUCCACCACCCGAAAUUCACACUCCCCGUCGUCGGCACCGUUGUCGCCAGGAAGGCGCCGGAGACGAGGUACUCGAACACGAAGCUGAUGCAGGUCGUGUUUGCUAAACUUCUCCAGAGACGAUACGACGCCGCUUUCGCCAAGGAUAAGAAUGCGGGCAAACGUACAGCCCACGCGUUCACCCCCGGGUUUACCUUCACACCCAUUUUCUCCAAGGUCACAAAAACCAGUAUCUUCACCGACCCGCUGUUCGAGACGCUGAAGGCUACCACGCGCCUUGCGACGGAUGUCAGUGUGGGUGCGGCUACCGGAGUGUGGUUGGCGAGUACGCGGGAUGAGAGUGUGUGGGGUGAGGGGGGAGGGUAUUGGGAUCGAAUGACCAGGCGCGUGAGUGGGGCGGAUGUGAUGCCGGAGGAGACGUUGGAGAAAUUUUGGAGCAGGUGGGCUAGUGAUGCGGGGGUGGAGUGGCGGUAGGGGACGUGCGGGGGGAGUGGGUUUUGGCUACUAUAGUCUACUUUAGUCACUUUUCAGUGCGUGGUGUAUUACCGCCCCCGUCGUUACCUCGUAUUUUCUACAUAUCUUCCAAUACAUGUGCAUUGAACGAAUAUGCAGCGCGCUGGGAACAUGGCCUUGAAUCUCUCACGUUUAAAGUGAGGAGUGAGGAGUUGUCAUUAGG